CUCUUCCAGGGGAGCUUUCCUAGCAAAUACUCAGACACGUUCUUAAAACAAACUAACUCAGUGAAAAUGCGUGCCUUCAGAGUUUGCUUAGUACUGGUGAUGUUCGUGGUGAUGUUGGUCGGCACUAGCGGUAAUUCCGUCGGCGAUAAUUCUGUGCUCACUAUAGAGACAGCCGAAGAACCGUUAACUUUGUUUGAUGUCGACGCGCAGCAAGGACAUGAGAACGAAGGCGAUCGCUUGGCGCGGGGCUACGGUGGCUACCGUGGUGGUUAUGGUGGUUAUCGUGGCGGUUAUGGUGGAUAUCGUGGUGGAUAUGGUGGUUACCGRGGUGGAUUUGGUGGAUAUGGUGGAUAUGGCGGUCGUGAUAGCGGCGAUGCAUCACUAAAUGAGAGACCGACAAUCCGAGUCGCCGCAAAUGAGAAGAUGACACCGCUCAGCUGGAGUAUUGACAGUAAUCAACAGCCGCCCCCAAAUCAAGUAGUUGUUUUCGUCGUUUGA